AUGGGACCCCAGGGCAGGGGUGGAGGUGGAACACUUCCACUCCCGUCUGAGCCUGGGUCCAGCUUCACGUGUUCCGAGGAGGCUGCUACCCUCUCCUCCACUUUGUGGCCCCCCUCCCCCCAGCGCCAGCUGCCAGGUGGGGAGCCAACAGAGGGGGAACUUGGCCCCUGGGGGGCAGUGGGAAUAGCUGGGCCAGCCAGUACUGGCUCCACUGGUCAGAGGGCAGAUAGAUCCAGGGUCUUGUUCUGCGGGUCGAGGGGCCUCUCAGAGGAGGCACCUCAUGCCUCUGGUGGGGGGGUGGUGUGGGUGUAG